AUGACAUCCUCCCUCACGCAGCUUCUCGAGGAGCAGACGCUACCUCAUUGCCCACGCCUUCGACAUGCUCCGCUACCAUGCAUGCGCUCUGAAUUUUCUGUGUCUGGCAACGCUCCAAACCUCCCUUUUUCUAUGAGCCCGGAUACAUCUCAGUCUGAACCUCCCAAAUAUUGUGGUCUGAAUAACGCCCUAGAUUUCCGAGCUGCGACCUCCCCUGAAAUGCAUCCGCGCGCCCUAGCAUUGACUUUGGCGCCACGAUCUACAUCCCUUCCCAUUAUGUCCAAUGAACUUGCUCCUACAGCUCAUCUAUCGCCAGAAUCGCAUUCGCCAUCGGCGCACACUUUCAGCCAUUCUCAGUCUGGUGUCGCGUACAGCAUCCGUCGUGUCGAACAUAAAAUCCGCGGUAUCAAUCAGGUCAUGCAUUGGUUUGAUUCUCACGGCUGUGAGCCUCUACUUACUCCCCCACCAUGUGGGCCACUUGAAUGCGGGGACAUUUACCUUCAUCAGUCACUUUCCACGCCGAAUACUCGUCAGAUGUGGAUAUGGAGUGUUCAGCAGGGUUGGGAGGACGCUCGUGAGAACCAGGUUCAUCCUCUUCUUCCGAUGCAUCGCCUCUGGCUGGGCGCAAACAAAGAGCCCCGUUGGGUCACUCAAAAGACGAUACGUACGUACAAGGGACGCCUGAAGGUCUUAGGUAAAUUGAAAGUUGGAGCAGCCCCGGCAGAGUCUGAAGCAUUUUUCCUCCAUUAG